AUGCGUAGACUAAGCAAAGGUGAGAAUAAGGCUUUCGUUACCUGGAAUCAAGUAAUAGAAGAUACCAGAACAAGAUUUGAGAAUGGAUUUGGAAAGCAUUUUGGUAGAAGAACUCAAGAUUCGAAAAGUAAACAAAUUGAAGGUCAAGAAAACCCAAGGAAAUCAUCCACCGGCUCAGAUAAAACAACAUCAAUUGACUCUUUGGGGUAUUCCAACUCACAACCAUCCGAUUCUCCUUCAUUAACACAACCCAAUCCGACUGAAAUUACAGUCAUACAACAUGGUGGUACUAAGGAAUCUGAUCCUUUUGGCGGUUACUUUGAAAUUACAACAAAAUGGUCACAAUUGUGUCAGCAGUUCCAAACCACAAACUUAACUGAAGAAGAUGUUAUAUUUGUGAUUCAACAAGCUCGAAAUAAUUCUUUCUUUAGGAAAGCUUCUAAUUCAGGAUCCAAUAUUGACAUAUCCGGCAUUGAAAGGAUAAUUAAAUUUAAUAAACGUGCAUUUCCAGGGAGACAAAAUACGAUUACUUAUAGAAAGUUAAGCAAUACGAGGAUUAAAUUUUUGGAAACCCUACUUAAUAAUUGUCCUGCCCAUCCGUUUGAAUAUCAUGAAGAGAAAUAUGAUCCAGAACAAGUUGGAGAAACCCCAUCUUUAAUAAUCAUUAAAUGUAGGUAUUCUAGAGAACAAAUCGAGGAUAUUAUUAAUAACGGUCCGGGAUCUAUUCCUAUCCCUUCUAUCCUUGACUGGGCUGGUCUCAUUUCAUUGGUCGAUACUCACAUCCAAGAGUUUCGGAAAGAUCAUCUUGGAACUCGAAGUUUGUAA